UUCAUUAAGUUUUAACAUUGCUUGUUUUCGAUAUGAUUUGUAAUAAAUGAAAAAAGUCUGUGCUUGGUAACAAUACCUGGCAACCUUCGCAUCCAACACCGUCACAACAAGCGCAAAUGCUGCUGGGUGACUCGACAUGAUGGUGGACUGCAUCUAUAAGCCACUUUUAAAGGACGACGGGGAUGGACAGGUAGAUCUUUCGCUGUAACUGCGCUCUAGUGGUGUUGUGGGGUUGCCAAGUGAUGCCGUUUUUAAGGAGCAUAAUCACAUACUAAGCAAAGGGCUGGAUAAAGACGUUCCCCAGCGUGAAAACAGUUAGUUUGGGAUCAUUUGUGAAAACAUGGCAAUGUCCCUAACCCAAGCCUGCCGGAGUCUUGCUCUGUCUACAUGGCUGCUGUCGUUUUGCUUUGUGCAUUUGCUGUGUCUGGACUUCACAGUGGCAGAGAAGGAGGAAUGGUACACUGCCUUUGUCAACAUCACCUACCUGGAUCCAGUGACAUCUGAAAUUAAGACAGACAAGAGUGAAUGUGGCAGAUAUGGGGAGCACUCACCUAAAAGGGAUGCCAGGGGCUUUGUGUUUAUGCCAUCUCUUCUGCAGGACAGACAGGCGUGUGACAGCAACACUAAAUUCCCCCUUCCCCAUCCCAGCAUCCCAUGGAUAGCACUGAUAGCCAGAGGAAACUGCACCUACAGGGAAAAGAUCAGACAUGCUGCUGCCCUCAAUGCCUCCGCUGUGGUCAUUUUCAAUAUGGGCACCAGCAACUCCAAUGAGACCAUUACUAUGCCACAUCAUGGUACCGGCGAUGUGGUAGCAAUCAUGAUUCCCGAGCCCAAAGGUCAUGAGAUCAUGGCCCUGCUGGAGAAAAACAUAACCGUGGCCAUGCACAUCACCAUCGGCACACGCAACCUGCAGAAAUACGUCAGCCGCACAUCGGUGGUGUUCGUCUCCAUCUCCUUCAUCGUCCUGAUGAUCAUCUCUCUGGCCUGGCUGGUCUUCUACUACAUCCAACGCUUCCGCUACGCAAACGCACGAGACCGCAACCAGAGGCGAUUGGGAGACGCCGCAAAAAAGGCCAUAAGCAAGUUACAAGUACGGACCAUCAGGAAGGGUGACAAGGAAACAGAGUCGGACUUUGACAACUGCGCCGUGUGCAUCGAAGACUACAAACCUAACGACGUUGUGAGAAUACUGCCAUGCCGUCAUGUCUUCCAUAAGAACUGUGUGGACCCUUGGCUACAGGACCACAGAACCUGUCCCAUGUGCAAAAUGAACAUCCUUAAGGCGCUGGGCAUCCCGCCCAAUACAGACUGCUCUGAUGACAUCCCUCCUGAUUAUGAGAUGUCCAUCAGCGGGCCGCCCACAAACCCUGUGACGGGGGCUAGCGAGGUCUCGGUGGGCGAAAGCUCGGUGGUACUGGACCCAGGUGUCCGAACAAUAGGCCUGUCACACAUUUACCAUGAGAUAGACGCCUUCCCGCAGGUUGGAGAGAGCCAUCACAUCGCCAGCAGUGAGCACCAGCCCUCCAUGAGCACUGAUUCAGACACCUCACUCAUUAUGCCAGUGGAGCUCGUCCUGUCCGACGUUGAACUGCAGUCCGAUCCUGAACAGGACGACGUCAAGUCCUGAAGUGCCAUAAAUGGAGCCGGACCGCAGCGGGACAAUAAAAGAACACAAGCAAUAGCAGCACAGGUGUGCAACCUCCUUUCUUGACCUCAUGGUCUCCAUCACUGCAAAAAUGGCUUGCUUGUCCUCUUCCUCUGGCUGUAUUGCACUCCAUUUCACGUCUUGUGGAAAAUCCAUGUGGUCCUACGAGGGGUGUUUCCGCUUUUGUUUUGGAAAAUUUUGACUGUUUCAACUUCCCUAUGGGAUCACUGCCAGUAUACACCAGGAUAUUCCAAAAUAAAUAUACGUAAUGCAUCGAUGAUUGCGCCCUACAUUUGCUUUGAGUGUCUAAAGCAGUUUGCGUGUGCUCUAACCAGCAGUUCAUAGGGUCCAGUGUCCUCGUAAAGUAACGUAUGCAGGACACUAUUCGUGCAUCUCCAGAUAUGUGAUGUGUCAAAUCAUGCUACAGUGAACUGAGAAACCCAGCUCAUGAUAUGGUGAGUGUUUCAACAGCCGUAUCCAGUGACAGUGUGUCACGGCAGUGUUUGGGAAUCACAAUGACACAAAAGCAGAUACUUUCCGCUCAUUUUGUCUUGACAGAGUGCUGUCAUCUGGUCCGCUUGGCCACAUGCACACUGCUAAAUUUGUUAUUUACAAGAGUGACAACUGCAUUCAUAUUCAACCAAAUUCAAGUAGUGAUGCAAUUUUCAAAGCUGCAUGCAUGUCAUGUUCCAGUUAGCUUGGAAAUUACAAUUUGUAACAUCAAAAAUAACUAAAGGCCCAUUCACAGCCAAAACAAUAACACCUAAAUGAAUUAUUUACAGAAACCCUAAGGUUUUCAUUUAGUUGAAAACUGAAAGUUUAUUUAAUAAAGAAUAAAUAAUUCAACACUCAAAUAAAAGCUGAAUCAACAUUUAAAUUGCACAUAAGGAAUUUUAUAUAAGUUUAUAUAAUAAUCAUUGCAAUUCUAUGAAAAUAGCACAAUAUCAACUUUGAAUCACUAUUUUCCUAUUUUUAUUGUAUAUAUAAAUAUUUUUGGUUUCAUAAAUGAUAACACAUUGACAGCCUGUCAGAAUCUACCUGACUUAAUAUCGCAAGCAAAAUGAGGUAAAUAGUAUGAGCUACAGCACAAUGCAUGCAUUAUUUUUGUAUCCCACAGAGCUAUGCUCUCAACCACAGUGAUGCUUAUCAAAUACAAUUUCAUUUAAAAAACAUAAAGAAAUUUGAUUGAUUGAUUGAUUGAUUGAUUGGACUCCAUGCCAGAAUGGACAGCCACUGAUUCCUGAGGGACUUGGAUUGUCAGUGUUGAUGAAGUUUGAUAUUUUACACAACAUUUAAUCAAAAAUGCAAAAUAAGCAUUGGUAUGUCUAACAUUAUGGAUGCCACUCUCUGUCAUUUGCAAUUUUUUUUAAUCUCACAAUGCUGACUUUUAAUUUUAUUUUAAAUAUUGGAAAUAUUAAAUAUUGCAAUCUUUUUUUUUUUUUUUUUUUCAAAUUUGUCUUAUCUCACAAUUCAGAUUUUUUUUUUCCCUUAAAAUUGUUAGGUAAUAUCCUGCAAUUCUGAAAUUUUUUUUUUUUUUUUUUUUUUCUAAAUUGUCUUUUUAUCUCACUAUUCAGAUUGUUUUUUUCCUUGAAAUUGCUAGGUAAUGUCUUGCAAUUCUGACUUUUUUCGCCAAAUUCCAAGUUAAUAUCUUGCAAUUCCUUAAUUUAAAUCUUGCAAAUCUGACUUUAUCCAAUAAAUUGCGAGUUAAUAUCUUGUAAUUCUGAGUUUAAAUCUUGCAAUUCUGAUCUGAAAUCUUGUAAUUUCUCACAAUUUCAGAUUAUAAUUGUGUAUAGUAUUAUAAUGUAGUGUUGUUAUCUUUUUGUUGUUAUUUUUAUGAAACACUUAACUGUAUACUUUACGGUUUUCAGUAUGCAGUGAACCAGUGCUCCAUUAUGAAGUCGAGCGUCAUGGUUCGUACACUCAUGUGAUUCACUCCCUCAAAUAACAGCACUUGUCACUUCCUAAACUCUGCAGUCUGUGCAUGUGGCCAUUUUUAAUUUUCUCUGGCAUAGACGUGCUGAGCAACUACAAAAAUCAUGCACAGUAGGAAAGCGAAAGACUAUUGAAUGGAUAUUUUGAUAUCAAAGGGUUUAUUUUUCUAAAAAAAGAAAAAAGGAAAAACAAACAAAACACAUAUGAGGAUAAACAACACCCAUUUUAAAUAUUUAUGUUUUAUUAUUAUUAUUAUAAUUAUUAUUUCACUAAAUAGCUUUCCAGUUUAUAGAUAUUGUGAUCAUAGGUAGCGUGUCGAUGUUGAAUACAGACUCACAAUGUCUGUGUAUCUGGCAACAUCAAGUAUUUCUGUUCUGUAUUAUUUUAUUAAUUAUUAAUUAAAAUGAUAAUGAUAAAAGUUAUUCAUAUGAAUUAUUCGUAAUUUAGUUAGCUGUUUUUUUUCUCAGUGAGACUUUGUCUCAAAAUGCACUUCCCCAGUUAAAUGUACUCAUACCCAGAAUGCACUGCUGCAGUGGGAUGGCUGAUGAAAGUUCAGUACACCAACGCUUCAUUUUCACACACUGUUGGAUAUGUCUGCAUAUGUUAGGACAGGUCGAGAUCACGUGACCUGUGCAUUUGUACUGAAUGAUGUUGUGGAGGACGGCGCUGGGGUCUGUGAUCCUGAUAUUCAUAUUCAAAGAUAUUUAAUGUCAAGGCUCGUGCAGUGUUAUUUGCAUCUGUCAGCCAAAAAGCACAUGAGAUUUCCCUGAGAUCUGCACAUUGAUUGUCACUUUAGUCUAGCAUGAAUGGAUCUGAUGUUUAGAGGAAUUUUAUGAGAUUAAAUGAUUACUAUGAUUUGGUGUUUAUUUAAACAUUGUAACAAACAUGCACAAACAGUGGGCUGGAUUCACAAAAAUCUUCUUAAGAAACAAGUUAAAAAGAUUCUUAUCAAUUCUGAGAAGUUCGUAAGAAUGUUGAAAAAUGUACAAUUCUUGAAACAAUUUGCAAAAAUUCUAAUAAUAAAUUCGUAAGUUCAUAGGUAUGUUGAAUGCAAUUCUUGAAAAAAUGUAUGAAAAUUCUAAGAAGUAUUUACAAACGUAAAAAGUGCAAUUCUUGAAACAAUUUUUGAAAAUUCUAAUAAAUUAUGAUAAUAAAUUAAGUGAUGAAACAUAUACAGUUCUUAAAAAUAUAUAACAUUUCUAAUUAUAAAUUCUAAGUACAUAAAAAUGUUUUUAACAAACUUGCCAUUCUUCAAAACAAUUUAUGAAAAUUCUAAUAAAUUAUGAGAAGUUUAUAAGAGUGAUGAAAAAUGUACAGUUCUUAAAAAUAUAUAAAAAUUCUAAUGAUAAAUUCUAAUUCAUAAGAAUGUUAAAAAUUGCAGUUCUUGAAAGAAUUAACAAAAAUACUAAGAAAUAUAUAACAAUGCUAACAAAUGUGAAAUUCUUGAAACAGUUUACAAAACUUCUAAGAAGUACAUAAUGUUAAAAAUGUGCAAUUCUUGAAACAAUUAACAAAAAUUCUAAUAUAUUCUAAGAAGUUCAUAACUGUUGAAAAAAAGUGCAAUUCUUGAAAGAAGUUAUAACAAAUUCUGAUACAUUCUAAGAAAUAUUUAAUGUUAAAAUAUGCAAUUCUUGAAACAGUUUAAGAAGAUUCUAAUGAUAAACUGUGAAGUUCAUAAGAAUGAUGAAAAAUAUACAAUUCUUAAAUUCUAAAAAUUCUAAUGAUAAAUUCUAAGAAACUCAUAAGAAUGUUAAAAAGUGAUGUGCAAUAAAAAAAUCUAAGUAUAUAAGAACGUUAAAUGUGCAAUUCUUGAAAAUAUGUAGGACAAUUAUAAAAAGUACUUACAAAUGUAAAAAAAGUGCAAUUUUUGUAACAUUUAAAUAAACGAAAAUUCUAAUGAUAAAUUAUAUAUAUUAUAUAUAUAUAUAUUCUUAUAUAUAUAUAAAGAAUAUUAAAUGUGCAAUUCUUGAAAACUAUUAUGAAAAUAGUUAAAAGUGUGUAAAGUUGGAAUGUGUAGUUAAAAAAAUUCUAAUAAUACAUUCUAAGAAGCUUGUUUGUUUAAAAAUUUGCAAUUAUUAAAAAAAUGAAAAUUCUUAAGAUAAAUUCUAAAAGUUCAUAUUGUAAAAAAAAGUGCAAUUCUUAAAAAUUAAGCAGUUGACAUCAUUUUUUUUUUUUUUUUUUUUUGAAAAAGCAUGUACAAUACUGUCAUUGCUACAGGCUUUACAACAUUUUGUUUUUUAGAAUUUAAUUCUGAUUUUUCAUUUUUCUCAUUUUUAAGAACUUUUUUCAAGAGUUGUAUUUGUUAUUUUGUUCUAGAAAAAAGAUACCAUUAAUGAGAAGGGGGGGGGGGGGGCGUUCUUAAGUUAGAAAAUAAUAAGAAUACAGCAGUUAAGAAGAAUGUUUUGUGAAUUCCACCCAAUGUGUUUUCAUUGUUUGAAUUUGUCUGUCUGGACUGACUAGGAAUAAUUUUUGAGGCCAUUAAAGCCGUCAUAUCCUGCAUUUAUUUAUUUUUUCUCUUUGGGAGAUUCAUUUACAGUGUUUCUGUGCUGUGCCUUUAAGACUGUGUAUGUAUACACCCUCUUCAUGAACAUGAGCAUUGGGAUAGAUUCAUAAAACAGCUGAUGCAAGUAAAUGUACUGUGAAAAUCAUGUUCUAAAAUUUGCAGUAUGUUUCAUAACAUCAAGAUGAUAUUCUUCUAUGACCCUUUAAAAAACUGGUAUGUAUGUGUGUGCUGUUAUAGACACUAUUGAGCGUUUGUCUGAUAGCUGUUUCUUGUUAUAUAAAUCAAUGUUUUGUCAUGCACUGCACCUGAUAGCUCUGAUGUAUCAAGCACAUUCUGUAUAUGCAUAUCAGUUUUCUUGUGAAAUGAUUCAGUGCUAUCCAGGCUGCGGUGUGUGAUUUGCACAGACACAUGAUAACAUUAGCAUUGGUUAAUAAUAACCUCCCUGAAUUUGCACCAAAUUUCUUUGUGAAUGGGAUAUUUGCAGUAAAUCGAUUUGCUCUUUUCAGUGCAAUAAAAUUAUGACUGUGAUAAAUAUUGAAUUGCUACUCUCCUAAAUACGUUAAAAACAGAUUUGAUGUUUAAUGCAGGCCACAGCUCUCACUACUUUUUCAUCCAAGUCUGGCCUCGGUUCACCUGUUGCACAAUUUCUCAGUAUUUCACCACUUCUGUAUUUUACAAGUUUUAGGAAUUGUAUUCAUACUUCUUGUUUGUGGGCAGUUAAAUAUGUUCAUGAAAGCACUUUAUCUAAUUCCUGAGGAAGUAUGAUCAGAACGUUUAAAGAUGAAGUGUGUCAUUUGACUCGGUGUAAGAGUUUGCAGCGGUUUGUUUGUCUGACGAGUGGCAUAUGCUGCUAGUGAGCCAGAAAUGGCACACUUGACCUUUAACCUCUCUGAUGAACUGGUGUGGAGUGGAGUGAUGAACUGGAGUGAAUGCUAAUGCAGGGCUGUUCGUUUGGAUAUGGCACAUGAUAUAAUAACUCAGUCUGGGAUUUGUCAUUUAAAAGGCUUGAGAUCUACAGCUUUUUUUGUUGUGGAAGGCAAUGUAAAUAUAUCCAGCUGCAGAUAUAAUAUAUCAUUGCAUGUCCAUGAUUGUGAGGGACAAUAAAUUUC